CCUCAACCAUUUGCGCUCGAAAUGCCUGAUGGGCUGGUCCCCGCGUCAAUACCGACCGAGACCCGCACCUAAAGAUAGUGCUCGACCUCCCUAGAAUUUGUGCGAGAUGCGGGCGCGGUGUCUAUUGACUACACUGGCUUGACGAAUGGGUUGAGCAGGACCGGAUGGCAAGACCGUAUAAAAGCUGGUAGGCUACGGAGAGAGAGAGCAUCCAUCCAGAAACCAAUAUUUCUCUCAGUCCCAACAAUGUCUAUCCGAUCCAGUCUCCUCAGCUUUGUUGUGCUGGCCGCGUUCGUGUCCGCGGCUCCCUCGCAAACGGAUACCGCCAAACGCGCCACCUGCACUGUAAACAGCGUCGCCAGCGCGUCUGGGCUUUCUAGCUGCACAGACGUUGUCAUCGAGGCGUUCACUGUCCCCGCCGGCGACACGAUCACGAUCGCGGCGGCGAGCGCGAGCGGCCCGCUCAUCACUUUCGACACAGAUAACAUCAACUUCAACGGUGGAAACAACAAGAUCGAUGGCAACGGCGCUCUAUACUGGGAUGGCCAGGGCACCAACGGAGGAUCCUUCAAACCCCAUCCUUUGGUGAAAUUCAAAGGCUACGGCACUUUCUCGUCCGUGACGGUUCUGAACACCCCCGCCCAAGCGAUCUCGGUCGGUACCACGGACACAUCGACCAUCCAGCAGGUCACGGUCGACAACUCUGCCGGCGCUUCCCUCGGCCACAACACCGACGGCUUCGACAUCAGCGCCGACUCCGUCACCGUCUCCCAGUGCCAAGUCACGAACCAGGACGACUGCGUCGCGGUCAAUUCGGGCGACAGCGUGCUGAUCGAGAACACGACGUGCACGGGCGGGCACGGCAUCUCGAUUGGAUCCAUCGUGUCCGGCAAAUCAGUGACGAACUUCCGCGCGACGGGCAACACGGUCAGCAACAGCAAGUACGGGCUGCGCAUCAAGGUCGACGCGGACGCGACGAGCGCCCAGGUCUCGGGGGCGACGAACACGCUGUCUGGGAUCAGCGACUACGGAAUCCUCAUCUCGCAGAGCUACCCGACCGAGGACGGCUCCACCGUCGGCACCGGCGGUCCCAUCUCCGGGGUUGCGUUCACCGGCGCCAAGACCACUCUCGCUGUCGACUCGACUGCCUACUCCGUGGUUGUGAACUGCGGCGCCUGCUCUGGCACCUGGGACUGGUCCGAGCUCGACGUCACUUCCGCUGGGGAGGGUCACAAGCUCUCCCUUGACAAGGCUACGAUCUCGGGAGGCACCUACUAGUGACUUACUGCUAAGAAGAAUUAGCAAACAUCCUGUCCCCUGCGUUACCUAACAAAUAAUAUACGCUCGAAUUCUCUCAGUAUCUGUUAUCUAGAGUGAGGGGACUUGAGAUGAACUCGCAUCACCCAG